AAUAUUCAGUUGUAAUGUCCAAAAAUGAUGCUUCUCCCUAGACCCUCUAUUUCCCACACCCCUCUGCUUUUCUUCUCAUUAAUUACACAAAAGACAGAAAAAAUAACGGAAAUUAGUUAACACAAAACUGGAAAACGGUAACAGAUCGAAAAUCAAUGGAAGAAGCCCAUCUCCAGAAACACAACAGUUUGAGCAAAAUAUCCCAAAUUACAACCAGCCCCAACCCCCAAAAUUCGGUUGAUCUAUCCAACGACGAUGCAUGCGAUCAACAUUCUGCGCAUCACACCCAUGAAAUCGCGCACAAUGUUGAUCAAUUCAUCACUACGAUCGCCGCAAUCGACGACAAAUCGUCCGACUCACCGGAAAUUCCUGAUUUCAUCGAGACCUUCUCCAAAAUCAUCGAAUCAAGAGUGAAGAAAUACAAAAAAUCCAGCGACACCGGCACGAGAUUCGGCAAGAUGACGGAGGACGAUUUGCUGUUCAUCCACUCCGUCCGGCGCAUCUCCAAAUUGACGAACGCGUUGAGCGAGUUCCCGGCGGAUUCGAACGUGAACCCGUCGAUGAAUCAGACGAGCGCGGCGCUGCAGCACGCCAUGGUGUUUCUGGAGGAGGAAUUCCGCGCCUUGUUGGAGGAUUCGAGGAGCGAUGCGGAUGCUGAGAUUGUGCUCAGAUUGUCGUCUUGCAGUUUGAAGAGUCAACAGGAUUACUGCGAACUGGAGGAUCCCGGGCAGUCGGAAGAAUAUCCGGCCUACUCGCCGGAGGUGGUGGCGAAGAUGCACGAGAUCGCGUCGACCAUGAUCUCCGCGGGGUACGAGACGGAGUGCUGCCAGGUGUACUACAUCUCGCGGCGGAACGCCAUCCGGAAGAAGAUGGCGCGGAUGGAUUUCGAGAUCAUGUGGAACAUGGACGACGUGGCCAAGGCGGCGUGGGAGACGCUGGAGGCGGAGAUCUCGCGGUGGAUCAACGUCGUCAAAGCCUGCUCGGAGAUCAUCUUCCCGGGGGAGAAGCGCCUCGGCGAGGCCGUCUUCGCCGACUACCCGUCCAUCUGCCGGAGCUCACUGAGCAACAUAAUCCGCGGGGUGGUGAUCCAGCUCCUGGACUUCGCGGAGGCGACGGCCAUGGCGAAGCGGUCGGCGGAGAAGCUGUUCAAAUACCUGGACAUGUACGAGGCGCUGCAGUGCCUGGUCCCCACCAUCACGGGCGACUCGUGCUGGGGAGAUCUGAUCGAUGAGGUGUCGGACGCGGUGGACCGGAUCGGAGAGUCGGCGGUGAGCAACUUCUGCGAUCUGGAGAACUCGAUCAAGGGCGACUUGGCGAGGACCCCGGUGCCCGGCGGCGCAGUGCACCCGCUCACGCGCUACGUCAUGAAUUACCUGAAAUACACGUGCGACUACAAGGACACGCUGGAGAAGAUAUUCGAGAAGCACACGCAGCUGGUGAGGAGAUUCCCGGUGGCCGUGAGCCUGGAUUUGGAGAAGGAGAGCGAGAGCCCUCACAACUUCGAAACCAUGGCGGGGACCACGGCGUUCUCCAUCCAGGUGGUGACGGUGAUGGACCUGCUGGACGGGAAUCUGGACAAGAAGUCGAAGCUGUACCGCGACACGGCGCUGCGGUACAUAUUCCUGAUGAACAACGGGAGAUACAUUCUGCAGAAGGUGAAAGGGGCGAGCGAGAUCCUGCAGGUGAUGGGGGACACGUGGUGCCGGCGGCGGUCGACGGUGGUGCGCCAGUACCACAAGAACUACCAGCGGGAGACGUGGAACAGGGUGCUGCAGACGCUGAACCAGGAGGGGCUGGUCGUGAACGGGAAGCCCAACAAGCCGCUCAUCAAGGAGAGGUUCAAGAUCUUCACCACCACCUUCGAGGAGAUAUACAGGUCGCAGACCACCUGGGUGGUCAGCGACGAGCAGCUGCAGUCGGAGCUGCGGAUAUCCAUAUCGGCCGUCUUGAUUCCAGCCUACCGCGCCUUCGUCGGCCGCUUCCGCCAGUACAUGGACAACCACAGGCAGGCCGAUAAGUACAUCAAAUACCAGCCCGAGGAUGUUGAGACCAUGAUUGAGAAGCUUUUUGAGGGCAAUAGUAUUUCCAUGCUCAGGAGGAAAUAGCCAUACCCUUGUACCAUACUUUUUACCCUUUUUUUUUUCAAUUUUUCUUUUCGACUUCCACUUUUUUUUUUAUGUAAUAAUUUGUUGGAUAUUCAUGAAAUCGAGAUGAUGCCUGUUUGUUGGGUGGUUUUUGUUA